UCUUGUACCUACUAAAUCAUAACACGUCUUGGCAAAAUCAUGUGAACCUAGUGUUAUAGCGACCAUUGUCUUCUUAUUUUUCUUAUUCUUAUUUUUAACGAAAGAAUAUAACCACAACACAUCGCGGAUUUCGCCGGCGGUGGCGCAGCGCGGAGCAGUUUUUCACCAAGGAUCGUCUGGAUGCAAAACAUUUAAUUGCACGCGGGGCAAAACAAGGGGACGAUCGUGAGAGUGUCGGGAAAACGAAGGUCAGACUGGCGUAUAUAACGAGGAAGAUCCGGCAUUCGGCAGUGACUUCUGCAGGAGUCGUCAGUGAGCAAGCAUCAGCCAGCAUCAGCCAUGAAGUUCGUGAUCGUUCUGUUGAGUGUGUCGGCGGUGGCGCUGGGGCAGAGCGGCGCCCCGACGGUGCGAGAGGAGCCUCAGCAGGCCAUCGGCAGGGAGGAGCCGCGUCGCCUGCAGCUGGGGGACCUUCCCUCGCCUUUCGUGCUCAAGGAUCAGCCUCGACCAGUCCUGCUUAGAGAUUAUCCUUACUACUACAACCCCUACCGCCUCCACCCUUUCAACCUGCACAACCUCCCGAACUACCGCAUCCAGCCCAAGGACGGCAGCGGCGUGGCGCUGCACCCGGGAGGCGCCGCAUCUUACAUCCACCCUCAGGUCCAUGGGCUGGGCAAGCGAUCGGCCGACCCUGAAGCCAACCCUAACUACUCCUUCAGCUACUACCAUCCCUACCACCACUAUGGCUACCAGGGCUACCCCUUCCACCGCUUCAGUCCCCUUCACCACAUGGGCAAGAGGUCAACCGACCCUCAGACAAGAUUGCUCUACCACAGUUAUUACAGAAACCCUUUCAUGUACCCCUACCGCAGCCUCGACCACUACCCCUUCGGCCUCUCCCGCGGCUACAGCUACAGAUACUAAGUCCCCAGCGAACGGCUCGAGAGGAAGACUCUACGCCCCUUGCAACUGCAGACAUAGCAACGGAAAGAAACACAGCGACGGGAGGACGCUUGCCGUGCGCAUCCCGACCGUCGUGGACAAAGGCUUCACGUGGCAUCACACUCGGGCUCCUUCAGGAAUGGCGGAGGCGUCACUCCCGCCAGCCGAACGAGCCCCGUUUCUGAGCUUGAUAGUCUAGUGCCGCUCACGCUGUUUUUUCAGGCUCUGUUCAUUUGUAUACAAAUGCGUUUUAUUUCUAUAAUAUACUUUAAAUAUAUCAUAA